CAACGGCCAAGCGCCGCCUCGCAGUACGGCUACAGUCCGACGUCGCCGACCACAGCGCAGAAUCCGUAUUCGAGCACUCCCGAACAAUCAUACGGCUUUCCCCAACAGACUGCCUCGCCCGCGGUUCCGCCUGCGGGAACCCUGCCAUACCCAGACUAUGCCCCCCGAUCGCCCAUGCGAGCAGCAGCCGGCUUCAACGUUUCGUCUGCCGUCGACGAACAGCCACCCGAGCCUCCGGCGCAUCUAACCCCGACGGAAGGCCCUUAUUCCGGACGAUUGAGUGGUUCUUGGUCCACGGCGCGGCGUUCCUUGCCCAGUUUGCCACCGCAGCAGAGCUUACCGGUUCGGACAGACAUACUGAAUCGUCAUCCUCACGCGCGACCUCUUCCGGGUCCGCCUCCGGAGGCGGAAGCAUCGUUGCAACCAUCGCCCAGACCGACAGAAGAACAAAGCUCGGAGGAGUUGAUGGAGGAGCUGGAAGCUGCCAUGACCAAUGGUCGGCAUGGCAGUACACAUUCUGAUGGGAUCAUGGCCAUGGGCACAGGUCAAUGCAUCAAUUACGAUGUAUACAGCGACGAAUCUGAUGCAGAGGCUGCUGCGGGACUCGCGAUGAUGAAAUUGGCGGAUGAGGAGGAUCGACGUCGCGCGGAGGCAGUAUCCAGUGUCCCGGCUGCCGGCGCUUCGCCGUAUACUGACUUCAGUAGCGAUGAUGGUGUUGUGGCGGACCUGUCGUUGUACAGUGGUGGUUAUGACGCUCAUCUUCACUAUGGCAAUGAGCCUGAUUUGGGUCGCACGAGUGAUCUUGCCGACAACUCGCUCCACACCUCCAACUGGUCGGCCGACGAUCGAACCCCUAGCGCUGAUGGAUAUAUGUCGUGGGGCUCGGGACAGCAUUUCCCAGAGUAUCCUUCGGAUACGAGAGUGGAUGCCGCUGGCACUGGCGGUCUGGCAGAGCCGGAUUCGCUGGGUCGAAGAUUGAGCUUUGACUACGGCGAUGAGGUAGACGGCCCCCUGGCAACCACGCCCGGCGAUCCAAGCCGAUCAGACAGUGAUGGUGCGGACAAGGAAGAGCACAGAGACUUCUUCUUCCACCCCGGCAUGCAGCCGCUGCCACCUGUGCCCGUGGAACCGGUGAACAAUCCCAACCUCAGACGGAAUCUGAUGCCGGCUGGGACAUACCGACAUCAGGAGCAGGAUGGCGAAUUCGCACAGUAUCUCCACCAAACCUUCUAUCCGCUUUCUCCGGACUCAUUUGGACAGACCGUGCCUGGUAGCACAUUCCCGCGGUCUACGUCUGUAACGAGCCCGCCUCAUGGACCUCGUGCUGAUACACCUAUUAGGUCGAAGACCGACGCCGAUCGCGAGAAGCACAAGUCGCAGCAGGACCUGCUUCUCCAGCGCGGGUUGGAUGCGCAGGCCAAUUCCAUGGGCCUUGAUCUGCCCACCAUCCCCGCAAAGAAGUUCACUCCUUCUAAGCUCUCAUCCGAGCAGUUCAGGAAGUGCACCGAGCCGUGGGCCCUCAGUGCCAUUGUUGCCUGGGUCCGAGAACUGAGCGAAGAUGAAACGGAUCUCAGAAGGAGCACCAUUGUGGAGGCCUUUGUUUCCUUAUUUACUCACAAGGUGCCCACGAUGAAUGUUGCUGAUGCGGAAACCCUGGCUGCAAAGGUCGUGAUGGACAUGCUAAACGAACAGGUUUUGGUUAAGGAAGAAGAAUGGGUGAAAUUCGGCCCAGGGACUUUGUCGGGCGUGCUGUUCCAGAUCACCGGCACAGGUUGUUACUCGUCACGGCUGCAUAUGCAGGAGACUGAGGUCUUUGGUCGCUGCUACUCGCAUCAUUGCAUGAGGACGCUGAAGAAGGUCAAUUUGAAAGCUCAGGUGCUGGGGCCGGAGAAGAAAGCUGAAGACUGGGUCACAUUCUACAAAAUCCCCAAAGAAGUGUGGAGCUCGUACCCCAAAAAAGAAAUCGACCUUCAGAAUAACCUGCAUGAGAUCGUGACGACGGAGGACUUGUACAUCGGACAAUUGGACGUUCUUCGGAAGCUCUAUCGAGAUCAACUGGCGAACAUGCAGCCGCCCAUUAUCACGCCUAAGCGUCUAGACAGGUUCUUGAAGGAUGUCUUUGGCAAAGUGGACGCGGUGAAGAAAGUCAACGAGGAUUUCCUCUUGGCACAACUCAAGUAUCGCCAGAAGGAACAGGGCCCGUUCAUCGUUGGGUUCAGUGAUAUCUUCAGGGAAUGGAUCCGGAAGGCCAAGGCAGCUUACAUCAGCUACGCUGAGACAUUUCCCAAUGCUAAUUAUCUCGUGCGCAAAGAGGCGGAGAGAAACUUGCAUUUCCGGGAAUUCUUGAACCGAGUUCGUGAUGACAAGCUGUCGAAUCGUCUCGGCUGGGAUACGUAUCUCAAGGCUCCGAUUACCCGGAUUCAGCGCUAUACUCUCCUGCUUGCAACCGUGCAGAAGAAUAUGGUCAAGGAUAGCGAGGAGAAGGCCAACGUUGAACAGGCCAUUAAAGAAAUCAAGAUUGUGGCGCUGGAGUGUGACAACAAGGUCGGCGAGAUGACCAAAAAGGUGGAUCUACUCGAGCUCUCGCAGAAACUCCAACUCCGGCCGGAAAUGAAGAACCAAGUCGAACUGAACCUGGAGCACCUGGGUCGCGAGAUUAUCUUCCGGAGCGAUCUUCAACGACAGGGUACUACCAGGUUUAAUAUCGUGGACGCACAUGCCAUCCUGUUCGACCAUUAUUUGGUGUUGGCGAAGGCUUCCACAUCGAAGAUGGGCAAGUACUCAGGUUACGAUGUCUCGAAAAUGCCAAUUCCCAUGGAUCUACUGGUCUUAGAGAGCACCAAUGAUGACCCCGUGGUUAAAUCCGCAGUAAGGGGCAUAGCUACUGUUGGAGGUUCCGCAGCCCUCCCGCAAGCUGGUAAUGGCAAUCAAACUUCUUCGAACGGUACCGUUGGCCCCACCACCACCCUCGAAAACUCAAGCGACAAGGUCCUCUACCCAUUCAAAAUCAAGCAUCUCGGCAAGUCAUCCACGUAUACCCUAUACGCUUUCUCCGCCCAAAACCGCCAGGACUGGUGCCAGAAGAUCAUUGAAGCGAAGACCAGGCAUGCACGCGCUCUCUUUGCGCAGAAUGCGGAGCCUUUCCGUCUCCGCGUCCUUGCUGAUACCGCGUUUGCAUAUACAGAGUCUCAGGCUCCCCGGAGCGUUGUGAUUGAGGGGACUCCAAUCGAUCGAGCUAUCAGGGAUGUGGAGGAGCGGUAUCGUUCCAGGUCUAAGCCGAGACCUGUCUGUCGGAAUGAGGUUAAUUGCUCCACAGUUUUCCAGCAGUCUUCGGGGCGGUUGAUUUGUGCCGUCGGGACGGAUUCUGGGGUGUAUAUGUCAGCAUACGAUGAUCCUAGAGGGUGGUUUAGGGCUAUCCCUUUCGGUCGCGUUACCCAGCUUGCGGUAUUCGAGGAGUUCAACCUUCUCCUUCUUAUAGCCGACAAGUCUUUAUUCUCGUAUCAACUUGAUGCUGUACUUUCUGCUAAUGGGGGGCCGCUUCCGGCUUCGAAUGGCUCUUCCCGGCGAGCACCACAGAAACUCUCUGGGGGUCGUGAAGUAGGGUUCUUCGCUGUCGGUCGUCUGAAGGACCGGACUUUGGUGUUGUACAAGAAAAGAGAUGGGUUGUCGUCUACUUUCAAGGUCCUUGAGCCAGUCCUGCAAAAGUCGGCAAGCACUCGAAGCCGUUUCUUCCCGUCCCGCCGUGGAAAUACGGAUUACUUCCGUGAAUACGACGAAUUCUACAUCCCUGCCGAAAGCUACGCGGUGAAUCUUUUCCACACAACACUCGCCAUCUCAACGCACCGCGGUGUUGAAGUUCUUACUCUGGACAAGAAACAACCAUGGUCCGUGCCACUACUACGCUCAGAUGCCCCCGAAGCCCAAGCAUACCUCUCCAGCAUCGCGGGGCGUAUCAAAGAUCUUCGCCCACUAGGCAUGUUCCGUCUCAGUGAAAGCGAAUUUCUCGUAACGUACACUGAAUGUGCAGUCUACGUUAACCAACACGGCGACGUAUCUCGCAGCGUCGUCAUGGAAUUCGUAGGCAAGGCCCAGACAGCCUGUCUCUACGGGAAGUUCCUGGUCCUGUUUAACGAGGACUUCGUCGAGGUCCGCAACGCCAUGAACGGCCGUCUUAGACAGGUGAUUCCGGGCCGAAACGUCGUCUGUCUGGAUACGGGUGGCAGUUUCCCCGCAUCUAGUUCCGGUAUCUCUGCUAAUGGGAUCGCUCAUGCGGGCUCAACGGGUCACACAGUCAAGUUCUCUAUGCAGCAUCCUGAAGAUGAGAAGAGUCAGAUCUUGUUGGAGUUGAUUGAGAAUGACGGGCAGACCGAUUGAGUUUGUUUGAUUUUUUUAUUAUUCUUCUGUUAUUCAAUUCAAUGGGGGGGUGUCAUUCUGUCUUUUUACUUCAUUGUUCUUUUGGUUCUUUGAGUGGAUUUUGUCAUCUCUGUUUUAUAUAUACCUAUUUGUUGGUCAUUUGGGGGAAUGGUUAACAAGUUUGGAUGGGCAUGUUUUUUCCUUGCUUUCUUCCCCAUCUAUCUGUGUCUUGUAGUUUUUGCAUCAGCACCAUAUUUCCUCUCCUUCUAUCUUUGUUCCCCUUGUUUUCUGAGAUACCUAUCCUUCUUGAUAUGAUAUGAUAUGAUAUCCCCCUUCUUUUCUUUCCAUUGAAAGUUUGGAAUGGAUUGGAAUGAUUUGAAAUCCUG